GCAACAAUAAAAAAGUAGCACAUAAAUACGGGCUUGCAUGAUGGGAACGCUAGUAAAAGACGCAACGCGUAACGUUAAGUUUGUUUAUAAAUACAAGGAUCAUGAAAAUAAAGACUGCGUGGCGUCCCUUGACAUUGCAUUUCCGUUUUGUUAUGACAACGAUAAUUUGGAGGAUUUGUGUACUCAACUACUGGCUCAGAUGCAUCCCAUGAUGCGCUAUUUGGAUGAGAAUAUAAAUCUGGAAAAGGAGCUGCAAUCCUUCAUAGAUGAGGAGCACCAAAAAUAUUUGGAUGAAUAUGCCGAGAGCUUGAUUAAACAGGCAGCCAACGAAGAACUGGAUUUGGAGGCCAUAGUGCGCAAUACUGAGCGUUUGUACAAAGAGGAGCUGCUGCAGUUUGCAGAUCGCGUAGGACCAAGCGAUGAGGAUAUAUUCGCACAGAGUUUUCAUCGUUUGGUCCACUCAUCCUCGCUGGAGGACAUUCUGAAGCGGGAACGCGCUUAUGCCAAGGUAAUAGCCGAUCUGACUGGACGCAUGGAUGAGGAGGUGGAGACGCUGAACAACUCACAGCAGCAGGAAAUGGACAGCCAAAUCAACCAGCUGGACAUAACAACUACAUCUGACGACAUUAAUAAUCUGCUUGCACAACAAUACACAACGCAGAAUUUUGUGCGCAAACGAUAUGAGUCUGAGCUGGAGGCCACGAUGGGCCAUCAGAAGAACGAGUACCGCAACUGGAUAACUGGACAAGUUAGCCAAAUGUUCCAGACCUCGCCAGUGGCCACACCACUGGGCAAUCGCUCGUCCAUGUUUAUUUCUCAACAGCCCUCAAUGGAGGAGAGCUUCACCAUACAUUUGGGCUCGCAGUUAAAGCACAUGCACAACAUUCGCAUCCUCAGCGCCAACGUGACAGAAUUGUGCAGCCCACUGCAUGCGGAGGAGAGCUUGAAUGGCCUCAACAUGGCAUUGGGUCUCUAUUCCAGCUCGCUCUGUGGUGUGGUAGUACUUACACCCUCGAUACAGGCACAGGCCAAUAAAAGCAUUAUCAAAAAUGCAAAUUUGUCGACAGAAUUCCACUUCGAUCAGGUUGACGUGCAGAUGGAGAAGAUUGAGCAGAAAAUACGCGCCCUUAAUACGAACGAUUCAGGCACGCCUAGCAACGGAAGCAGUGCUGAUGUGAGCAAUGGCAGUGCGAAUGGUUCGCCGAUUAAAACACACGCACCCAAACUUAAGACUGGUGAUUUCUUCAUAACCAGACACUCUAAUCUCUCCCAGUCCCAUGUCAUCUUUCAUUUGAUCUCGGACGAGCCCAUCAACAGUCCCAGUGAGAUAAACUCCCGGCAUGCGGUCAUUUUGGGCCUGCGCAACAUUUUGAAGACUGCCAGUCGACAUGACAUCACAACCCUGACCAUUCCCGCCCUCCUGAGGCAUGAGAUGAGCGAGGACAUGACUGUCCAAUGGUGUAUGCGUCGCGCUGAAUUAGUUUUUAAAUGCGCCAAAGGAUUCAUGAUUGAAUCUGCCUCCUGGGGUGGUGCGGAGCUAAGCACGCUCCAGCUUCUGCUGCCACACGAUAUAUCUGAGGAGCUCUUCACAACAUUGGCCGGCAUGGUGCCAAAUGUGUUUCGUGUGGCCAAUCCCAAGAUUCUCGUCGAUAGUAAUAAGGAGUAGGCGGCGGCUCAUGCACACAUUCCUAGGGCAAAAUAGCUAAACACUUGGCUGAAGUUAUUUGUAUGAAUAUACACUUUAUUUAAAGUUUUGUAUUUUAUAUAGUUUUAUUCAUAUAUGUAUAUGCUCAGUUAUCUUUUAAUUUUGUCGUCGUUAAUGCGCGAAAUUUAAGUUUAACACACUCAGAAUUGCUGUAAAUGUUCCUGUAUCGAUUUUUUUCAAUAAUUUUCAUUGCUUUGUCAAACGCGAAUGCAAUUUCCAUCAAAACUACAACACUACAAUGUUAAUGUAUAAUAUAAAUGUAUUGUAUAUAUAUAUUA